GAGAGGCAGAGGUUAUACUUCCUAACCAAUAAGAAUCAUUUUCAUUAAAAGUGGUGAGUAAUUUCAACUGGCUGCUGCAACAGAUAAAGUGUUGUGAAGCUAUCAACUGAAAAUUGGAGAUACUAGAAAUUUUCCAUUUAACUGAAAGUAUCAGCAUCUGCUUUCCUUGCCACAUUGUCACCUUUAACUUGCUCACUGGUGCGAAUUUUUUUUUUUUUUUUUUUUUUUUUUUGAGAAGUGCUAUAGAGAUAAAAUCAAAUUGGAUGGGAUUUAAUCUGGUUGGUUUACCUUUUUUUGAUAGAAUAUAUGUAUGUGUGUGGUUAGCGAUUCAAUAUACUAACUAUAUAAAUAUAUAUAUAAAUCCAUAUAACUAUGCGCAUACAGAAUCUAUGAUUGAUGUCUGUCUAUAGCAGCAGAGGCGUCAGUGCAGCAGUGAACGGGUUAAACGCACAGCACAGCCAGUGCAAUUAUCUGAACUAUUCCAGCGUCAUUCUGGGAGUUUAUCGGGACAAUUUCACUGCGCAACGUGUUUAAACUGUAAUGUAAAGCCACGACCGUUUCUGUUUUUACAUAGUUUGCGAGUAAUUUGUGGAGAUCGAUCCGUCACGAUUUUUCGUGAUCAAAUACAGGAUGGAAUAAAGGUUUGCAAACAAAAAUAAAGAGAAAUCGAAAAUCCAAUUCUUUCUUUCUUUUCUUGGACAUACCUUGCAUUGAUUUGGAGAACAUAAUCGUUUUUUUUUGUUAGUUUUUUUUUUUUUUUUUUUUUUUGAGUUUUUACAGUCACUUUGCAUUUUAGUUAGCUGCCUUUUCGCCUGCUUUGGAGAGCGCGUAAAAACACUCUUGAUUAUUUCACACCGGGAGUAUUUCGUCCAUAAACGCUUUUGAGAUGAGCAACGAGUGUUUUAAGCCGCGCUGGACAUGUGCACUGCUGGCGAUCCCUCAGAAGCCAGUUGGAGAGGAGCGCAACUUUGCUGCGUCUAGGAGAUUCACCGGUGAUCCAUCAUCUAUCCAGCGCUGUACAGGAACAAUCGGGCGCGCAGGUGGACGCGGAUCCCGUCAUUUCCAGAGCUUAAGAAAGCCUUGUUUGGAGUAAUGCCGGGCUCUUGGAUCUGUGGUGCGCUGGGCAGGUUGGUGUGUCUCUCUUUACUUGCGCCGAGCGCUUUGAUAAUGCUCCUUGUUCCCCCAGCAUCUCUGGCGCAUCCACAACCAUGUCAGAUUCUGAAGAGGAUCGGACAUACGGUGAGAGUCGGAGCUCUGCACCUGCAUCCACGAGUAUUCAGGCAGGAUCCCCUCAGCGGGAGAGAUCCGGACUGGGAUGCAGACAGAGAAACGUGGGAAGACUGGGACAUGAUCAUCCAAAGUGUUCACGGACACGGCUGGAGGGAUAUUAGGACUAAAAGCUCAGCGAAUAACCCACACAAGGCCUCCAAAAGUAAAACCGCACUCAAACAAGUGGGUACGGAUGCUGUGUUUCUACCUCGCGACUCUGUUAUACUCGCUACGGAGACCCUUAAUCGAGUGGUGGGGCUUUUACCCUACAACCUCACCCUUGAGAUAGUCAUGGCUGUGGAAGCAGGACUUGGAGAAUUACCUGCUUUCUCAUUUUCCUCGUCAUCUACAGCUGCCUGUGGUGAUCCUGUGUCGUUCCUGCAAAGUGUUUGCCACACUGUCAUUGUGCAAGGAGUUUCUGCCAUCAUUGCUUUUCCACAAAACAGAGAUGAACUGAUCAAGUUGGAAUUUAUUGCCUCAACGCUACAGAUUCCAGUCAUCAGCGUCGUCCAGAAGGUAUUCAAACGCCAGAGUCAGAACUCACUCCAUUUCCAGAUGGCCAUGCAAAAUCCUCAAACCUCUCAAGCAGAUCUCAUCUUCUCCCUACUGUCCAUGAAUAACUGGUAUGAUGUCAGUCUGGUGAUGUGUCAACAGAUGAACAUUUCAGACUUUGUCUUCUUGCUCCAUAACAACUCCAAAUUUCAUCUGGGGACAGUUCUCAAGAUAUCCACCAACAGCAGCUCCAAAAGUGACUUUCAAACGUCACUUCAAGGUCAACUGGAGUCCAUCAAAGACUCAACAUCUACUAUAGUGACCUUUGGAUGUGACAUCAGGGAUAUAAGGAGAAUCUUUACCACCAUUGCAAAGUUUGGUCUGAUUCUUCCUGAUUACCGCUGGAUAAUAGGAGACUCUCAAAACGUGGAGGAAUUACGGACAGAGGGGCUUCCCUUGGGUCUUCUUGCACAUGGUCAAAUGGGCGAGCCUUCACUGGAUCAUUAUGUCCAGGAUGCUUUAGAGCUGGUGGCACGGGCAGUGGGAUCAGCCGCCACUGUGUCUCCAGAGCUGGCACUGAUUCCUGGCAUCACAAAUUGUCUGGCAAGACUUGAGACUAAAAAUCUCACAUCAGGAACCUUUCUGUCCAGAUACAUGGCCAACACGUCAUUUGAUGGCCUGAGUGGCUACGUCAAUGUUCAAGAGGAAUCUACCAUCAUCUCUGAAAACAAUCACUUCAUAUGGAAUUUACAGCAUGACCCAAUAGGCAAGCCCAUGUGGACACGUCUCGGCAGCUGGAAGCAAGGAAAAGUGGUUAUGGAUUAUGGUGUUUGGCCUAAUAAGAGACAGUCUCAGACAGGGGCAGACUGGCGGCAUUCCUCACGUCUACACUUGCGAGUCGUCACCCUGGUAGAACACCCGUUUGUCUUCACUCGAGAUGUUGAUGAAGAAGGUUUGUGCCCGGCUGGCCAGUUUUGCCUUGACCCCCUAACAAACGAUACAGCCUUGCUGGAAAGUCUUUUUCAGGGUUUACAAGGUGCCAAUGACACCGUGCCCAUAGAGUUUAAAAAAUGUUGCUAUGGUUAUUGCAUUGAUCUUUUAGAGAAGCUGGCAGAGGACAUGGGGUUUGACUUUGACCUCUACAUUGUGGGAGAUGGAAAAUACGGAGCUUACAAGAGUGGUCGCUGGACAGGGCUGGUCGGGGACCUCAUGAGUGGGGCUGCACAUCUGGCUGUCACUUCCUUUAGCAUCAACUCAGCACGCAGUCAGGUCAUUGACUUCACCAGCCCGUUCUUCUCCACCAGUCUGGGAAUUCUUGUCAGGACUAGAGAUACUGCUGCACCUAUCGGUGCCUUCAUGUGGCCCCUGCACUGGAGUAUGUGGCUAGGAAUAUUUGUGUCUUUACAUGUGACAGCAGUGUUCCUGACCUUCUAUGAGUGGAAAAGCCCUUUCGGGCUGACCCCAAGGGGAAGGAACAGGGACCGUGUGUUUUCUUUCUCCUCUGCGCUAAACGUUUGCUACGCAAUCUUAUUCGGCAGGACUGCCGCCAUUAAGCCGCCAAAGUGUUGGACUGGGAGAUUCCUCAUGAACCUCUGGGCCAUUUUCUGUUUGUUCUGUCUGUCAACAUACACAGCUAAUCUCGCUGCUGUAAUGGUUGGUGAGAAAACCUACGAGCAACUCUCAGGUAUACAUGAUCCCAAGCUCCACCAUCCAUCACAAGGUUUCCGCUUUGGAACUGUUCGAGAGAGCAGCGCUGAGGACUAUGUGAAAAAAAGCUUUCCAGAGAUGCAUGAAUACAUGAGACGAUACAAUGUCCCUACAACCCCUGAUGGAAUACAUCAUCUCAAGAAUGAUCCCCAAAAGCUGGAUGCUUUUAUAAUGGACAAAGCUCUUUUAGACUAUGAAGUGUCCAUUGAUGCAGACUGCAAAAUGCUGACAGUGGGAAAGCCGUUUGCUAUUGAAGGCUAUGGCAUUGGGCUCAAACAGAACUCUCCUCUGACUUCAAAUAUCUCUGAGUUGGUCAGUCAGUACAAAUCUGAUGGAUUUAUGGACAUGCUACAUGAUAAGUGGUACAAGGUGGUACCCUGUGGUAAAAGAAGCUUUGCAGUCACAGAAACUUUACAGAUGGGAAUAAAGCACUUCUCAGGGUUAUUUGUCAUGCUAUGCAUUGGAGUGGCCCUGUCUCUCCUCACCACACUAGGUGAACACAUCGUCCAUCGCUGGCUGAUACCCAGAAUGCAGGAGUCAUCACAGCAUACGUACUGGCUCCACACCAGUCAAAGAUUACAUCGAGCACUUAACCCGGCUUUCAAAGAAGACAAAUUACAGACUGUUGCAAAACCGGAGAAAAGCUGCAAUGUUGGAAACAACCAACAAAUGCCAUGGAACUCUUUGGGAACUUCCAAUUGCAACAGGAGAAAAUUGUCCAAUCAAGAGGGACAACAAAAUGACCUGGAAUGUUCACAUUGUAAAGAACUGCUGUCCCCACAGGAAAAGAGACAGCUUCCAUUACAGGCCACAUCUAACGGAAGAACCGACUUGCUGGGUCUUGCCCAGAACCCAAUAGUACAGGAAUUGACAGACCUGGAAACACAAAUCCAGCAUAUCAAAAAGCAACUGCAGCUUGCCAUGAAGAAGAAAAAAGAGCUGGAGCAUUAUCAGAAGACAGAGACUUCAACCGAGUCCUAGACUUGUGGGAAAUAUGGCUUUGGAGAGUUUUAUGGGUUACAUUGUUCAAAGGCUUGGACCUAGCAGUUGGUUAUUUCAAUUGCAGCUCCUAAGGGAAACAAGACUUUCUCAGCACAUUCUCUGAAGCCCUUUUUUUAUUUAGAGUUUUUUUUUAUUAUUAUUAUUAUUAUUAUUAUGAUUCCUCAUUGAAUUGAACUUGAAAAAGGGACAGAGGGAGUCAAAAUUGGAUAUAAGCAGUGUGUAUUUAUGUAUUCCCAGAAUUUCAGUUCUGAGGAUACCUUGUUUUUACUGUAUGUGGCGAUGAAAAAAAGACAAAGCAUAACUGCCUAAAGGGAAGACAUUUAUGUGUCAAAAUGACAUUUAUGUAAGGUGUCAAACUGUGAUGUGUGAUAGCGUCUCCUGCAUAUUGAUACACAGAGCUGAGAACAUUUUUAAGAAGAAAGCCAGGUCGUUGUCUUUAGAGUUGUAACAAGAAAGUUAACCUUGAACACACACUGUUAACCUUGAAUGGUUAUGUUUCUAUGAAUUAAAAUGGCUUUGAGAUAUAUUGAGAUUGAGAUUUAUUUCAGAUGUGAGAUUAUAUUUCUUUCAAAUCUUCUAAAAUUAGAUUCAAGUGUCCUUUCGCAAUAUAAUGAAUUGUUACGAUUUUGAUGAGAUCUGGUGAAACCAUGAUGGGAAUCAUAAGGAAAUUAAUGGUUCUGGGGCCUUAUGGCGUGGCUGCCAUCGGAAGGAGCCGGCAGAGUCGCCAGGGUUCAUUGGGGCCUGCUGCUGUCCACCAUAUGGGGAAGAGCAGGCAGAACGUGGCUGCCAUCGGACGGAGCCAGUGGAGUCGGCACAGUUCAUUGGGGCCUGCUGCUGUCCACCGUAUGGGGAAGAGCAGGCAGAACGGGUUGGGACUCGUUGCCGGACACUGGCAUUGAAGGAGCCGUUGCCUCCAGUCAGCAUCAGGAGACAGGGGAGUUAAAGGCCAUCCCACAAGAGGUAUCCAGUGCCACUGCCAGGCAUUGCAGAGAAUUUCAGUGUGUUGUAACUUUGGUGUAUAUCUAAAUUUUAAGUCUAAAUUAAGUACUCAUGAUGAGAAUUAUUCGAUGCCAGUUUCCUCCUUUUUAAUAGAACCAGUUCUGAAUAGUCCUGUUGAAUUUAAAUUGCACAUAGGCUAUAUAUUGAACCUUUCCAUUAUAGUCACAAUAAAAUGUAUACAGGUACAUACCAAAACAGCUAAGAAAAUUAAUACAUAUAUUUGUUUAGAAAGGGUUACAAAGCCAUUUCUAAGGUUCUUGGACUCCAUCAAACAAUGCAAGCCUUUACUUCUAAAUGGAAAAGAUGUUACUGGGGCACCUCAUCUGAAAAGUUUCAAAACAUCCCAGAAAACCUUUAAAAGAACUACAGGCAUCUCAAGCACCAGCUGGUCUGGGUUCAUAAUUGAGCAAUAAGAAGUGUGCAAAGAAAACAUACUUAAUAGAGAGAAACACAGGGUUGGCAUAGUGAAUCUAUGUGGAUGUCUGUGUCUGUCCAACCAGGUACAUGUAUAAGUUUUACAAAUAUUUGUUUACUUUUUCACAGGGUUAAUAAUAGGGAGUCUAUGUUAACUCUUAAUUGAAAUGUUUCCAUUUGUGCAACAUUACAUUCCAUUUGAAAAUGUACAACCAUUCUGUUAUCCAAAUAUAAAUCAAAAGAGAAUAUCAAAUAUCAAAAACCUUUUCAUGCCACUGUAUGAUAAUUUAUACAAAUCUUGUUCGGUAAAAUGUAAGAACACAAGCAGGCAAGAUAUGAUUUUCAGCAGAUGUUAAUUAUCGCAAAGACUGAAUUUGAAUCCUCUAAGGGCAAAGUUGGCUCCUCUGUGGCUUAGUUAAACCAUCCUAUUCGUAGCCCAUCUACAGCUCACUGCUGCUUCAGUGCCCUCAUACAUGAACUGUCUUCAUCUAAACCUCUCGGGAUAUUUAUUAGAGAUUUAUGUCAACUUUUCAUUCUCUUUGUAUAAUAAUGACUUGAGGCUGAUACAAGAAAUCAUGCUUUAAGUAACUUGAUUAUGUUUCUCUGACACUUUAGAAUACUUAGAAUUUAGAAUUGAAUAGAAUUUAAAAGGAUAGUUCACCCCAAAUUGAAAAGUUUGUCAAUUCCGUUUGUUUGAGCCUGUUAUUGCCUUUGCUUGGCAUUGUCAGAUUGUCAGUUACUUUCUUUUUAGAUCACAGAUGCACUGUUAUUGUGAUUCAUUGGUCCGUUAAUGACUGCAAGUCAUUCAAACCCUGAAGCAGGAAACAAUUCUCUCAAACUCACUGCACAGAUGGCAUGAGGUUUUGGUGCUGGUAGGAAAUGAUUUGUUUACUCCAACUUAAUGCUGUGUACAUUCAACUUUUGCCGUGGAGGUUUUUAUUUGCCCAUAUAACUGGAGAAACUUUUUUUACAGACUUUUCUCCUGAAAUAUAUUUUUUACUGCAUGUUCAAUUCUGAUGUGAAGAGGUCAAACCUGCAUUCACUGGGAAGUUCUCUUUCGAAGAGUUCAAGAUCCUAUGAGUUUUACACAUCUCUCAUCAAUAACCUUGAUGGUUUAAACCAUGUGACCAAUGUUGUUAGAGAGUGUGUUUUACACUUUAUUUGGAUGGUCCACUUUAGAUCUUUGAAUAUAGAUAUAGAUCACCUUUAGAUUAUGAAUAUACAUAAUGUUGCACCUACAUGUCAUCUAACUCUCAUUAGAGUAUUAGUUGAGUAUUAGUAGGACUUUUAGGGGUAUGAUUACAGUUAGUAGAAUAAGGGGUUAAGUUGACAUGUACUUACUUAUAGUCAGUAGAAGUAAAGUUCCAAAACAUAUUUCGGGAGGAGUGAACCCAUCUAAUCCUUCAAUUAACUGCCGGAGCAUCUGCUACAGAUUAUAUGGGCAAACAAACUUGGGAAUGUCUUUUGGGGGACCAUCAAAAUUAAGUGUCAGCAAAUAUUAAGCAAACAGUCUACUAAUACUCUAAUGAGAGUUAGUUGACAUUUAGGUGCAAAGUUACUUAUAGUCAACAGAAUGUCUAACGGGGACCAUCAAAAUAAAGUGUGACUGUGUUGUUUGUUAGAGGCACAUCAUUAUUGUUACUUGAUGAAGAAUGGAUCAUGUUUUAGAAGCUGUUCAACUAGAUAAUUCAAAAGAGUUCAAAAGAGAAACUUUAUGGAAAAUUUGCAGCUGAUGGCAUCAGAUGACUUGUUCGGAGCUCUGGUGUAUUCAAUCAAAAGCUUAACCCUUUCAUUCAUAGAGGUCAUUACAAUGGACAGCUAUUCAAAAAGCAUUUUCUUCCAUAUGCAUGGUUGUUGAUGGCAUAGUUGCACAUCAACCUGUCAAGAUGUAGAUAUUUAAGAUAUUUACUAGAAAAUAAUACAUCAUGCCAUUCAACAUAUCCAUAACUGGAGUGUUGUAACAUAACAUUUCUAACAUAAGUAGAAAUACUACAUGAAAGAAGCUGACUUCACAUCAUUUUACUCCACAAAAAAUUUCAAAAUUCUAUAUAUGGAAAAAUAUUAGCCUCAUGAGUUGUUAACAGAUUAUUUGUCAGCAUGUAAACAACUACUGUGGCACAUGUUUGGAAUUGCAGAUUUCCUUGCUGUUCAUAUAUAUUAUAUAUAAUUAUAUAACAUAUGGAAACACCAUAUGGAACACUGCAUCCCAAUGCAAUGAACCAGAAGUAAUAUUAGUCCUGCUGUUUAACAUCUGGACUCAUGUUUUCAUGUACAUAAAAAUGCAUAAAAAGAUAAAAUGAUACCUAAACACUAAAGUUAAAUAUUUGGUCAUGUGACAAUGUAAGUUAAUACUGUUUGAUUUUUUUUAUAGUUGUAAUGGAAACGGUUUCAAUUUUUUUCAACGAAUAGGCAGAAUAAAAUUUAUAUGGUACAUUAAUAACACUAUCAAUAUCAGUAUCAAUAUAACAAAGUAUCAUCUCAAAUUAUAUGACAUAACUCCAGUGUUGGUGUAAGACUUUACCCCUAGUAAAGUAACACAUUACUUCUAAAUUUAUAACAAAAUAUCAGAGUUACUUUUUCAAACAAGUAAAGCAAGUUUACUUUGUUUUCCCAUUUAUUGAGUGACAGCUCUCCUGUCCCUAUUCUGAGAGAAAUCGUAAGUAAUCACAGAGGAGUUGUGUGCACUGCUUAAACUGUGUAGACUCAAUGUGAGCAUUUACUCAUCUCACCUGCACAAAAACAGAUUCAGUAUUCCUUAAAAUUAAUAAAAAAGUGAAAUGCGAUUUCAGAAAAUUAUCCAAACCCGCAAUCAUUAAACGUUAAAUUACACAAAUAUACUUUAUGCAUUUAAUCUGACUUUAUUGAGCAAUAUCUUUGCUGCUGACCUUCGAUGAUACAAUUUAACCAUACUUAUAAGCAAAUAUCAACCUAGAAUGGCAGAAAGGUUUGUUUGAGCUGCCUGUACUGCACAAAUAUAAAUUUGCACUUCCUUCAGUCUGGGGAUUAUUUCACUUUUGGUGUAAAAGGGCCUUUACAUUUGCCAAACAUUUGCCUUUACAUUUUUUUUUUUUUUUUAAUUAAAAAACAAUAAGCAAGCCCAGCCCAGCUGAGGGAAAAGUACACAAAACACACAAGUAAAAUGCAUUACUUUCCAUAAAAGGUAACUAAUUUUUUUUUUUUUUUUUUUUUUU